AUUGUGGGCUUGUGGCCUGUGGUGUUUCAAGAAAGAGAGAGAGAGAGAGGGAGGGAGGCCAGCUAAUAAAGCACCCACCUUUAUCUCUUUUGAACAAAAUAUUUUUGAAGUAAAACAAGAAAGAAAAAUUCAUGGCAACAGCUUCUUCUUUGGGCUCAUCAACUCUCUUACAGUCCCAAGUUAAUGGGUUUGGCGGGAAUCUUAAGCGUCAGAUUCCCAAUUCCAAUUCUCUCAAUCUAUCUAGGAAAGGAUUUCGAACUGUGGUGAAGGCUAGCUCUCGAGUUGAUAAGUUCUCGAAAAGUGACAUCAUAGUUUCUCCAUCCAUCCUUUCUGCAAAUUUUUCAAAGCUAGGAGAGCAGGUGAAAGCGGUUGAGCAAGCUGGUUGUGAUUGGAUCCAUGUUGAUGUGAUGGAUGGACGAUUUGUCCCGAACAUAACCAUUGGACCUCUUAUAGUCGACUCCUUGCGCCCCGUUACCGACCUUCCAUUGGAUGUGCAUCUGAUGAUUGUAGAGCCCGAACAGAGAGUACCCGAUUUUAUAAAAGCUGGUGCUGAUAUUGUUAGUGUCCAUUGCGAGCAAUCUUCAACAAUUCAUCUGCACCGUACACUAAACCAAAUUAAGAGUUUGGGAGCUAAAGCUGGAGUGGUUCUCAACCCUGCAACCCCCUUAACUGCAAUAGAUUAUGUUCUUGACGUUGUCGAUCUGGUAUUGAUCAUGUCAGUAAACCCUGGAUUCGGUGGGCAGAGCUUUAUCGAGAGCCAAGUCAAGAAAAUCUCUGACUUGAGAAGGAUGUGUGCCGAGAGGGGAGUGAACCCUUGGAUCGAAGUAGACGGAGGGGUCGGUCCCAACAAUGCUUACAAGGUGAUCGAGGCCGGAGCCAAUGCUUUAGUUGCUGGGUCAGCAGUGUUUGGAGCCCCGGAUUACGCAGCAGCUAUUAAAGGAAUCAAAACGAGCAAAAGGCCCGAAGCGGUCGCUGUGUGAUGGGACUACCAAAAUUGUGGAUUUGAUUCUGCAUAAAGUGUUAAUAGAAAGGCAGAUAAAGCCUGAAGGUGACAGAAGAACUUGUAUGUUGAAACUUGAAACAGAGUUUUAAGGUGAAGGGAAAUGAAUAAGAAUCAUAUUCAGAUCUAUUAUGAGACAUUUCCUCUCGUGCAUAGCAAUUUGUAUAUGUUUUAAUUUUGGGAUCUAUUCAACGUUGUUACAUUCUCUGAUGAGUUUCUGUUUUCUUGCAAGAA